AUGCCUUGUUUCAGCGGAUGCGAGAUUAACGAGACAGAACUCAUCCAAAGCUCUCGCUACCGCCUAGACAUAAAGUCUGGAAAGCUCGACUGUUCAGGGAACACUUAUGCUAGUUUUUACUGCUCUGCCUUCUCAGCUCCUCCUGGUGGGGUCAGUUCCGAAGUAGACAGCAACCCGGAUAGCGAAGAAAGUGACGAUGACGAUGACCCGAUCAUAGCUAAAUUCGGUGACCAGGCCAAAGCUACUACAGAGGCGGGUACCGAACAAGUCAGAUUAGAUAUUGCUGUAAAAUUACUCUUCUUGGGGAACAGCGCUAAUUUCAAUUUAGAGGAGAUUACAACCGGCCUUGAAAGCUUGGUAGAAGUAUUUGCCAACCGAUUUAUCAUCAAAGCAUGCAGCAACCUGGUCGAGAAGGAGGGCAAAGCUACAAUCAAAGCCAUCGAAAACAAGCUUAAGCCCAAGAGAGUGACCAAGAGACCAACCAAAACACGACCUCCAAAAUCAUCACAUACAUCAGCGAGAACACGAACUACAGAUCAAUACAGUAUAAAGAGAGCCGACAAUCCCAACUACAAGCAACGAAAGAAGUCUGCCCGCACGACAACGGAAAUCUCAGAUCAGCUUCAAGGGCGCACAACGAGGACUAUCACACUAGACUGCAAUAGAUACCCUCAGCUGUACUGGCACUACUCCUCAGUAAUCAGUAACAACCUACACUCUGCGUAUAUAAUGUGUCCAUACGCCCCUGAGCCCUAUACAAAGCGUGGGGCAGUGGACGAGCAGUAUAAUAAGCAUAAUCAGUACCUCGUUAACGCAGAUAUUAAAUAUCAGGCGGAUAAGUAG